UGGCAACAGCGCUAUAGUUAGUAAACAUGUCGACACAGACACAAUGGCACUGGAACCUGCUGCCUAGCGUUAUAUUGAUAGAAAUACUCUCCUACCUCCCGCUGUCCGACAGAAUAAGUGCUUGUUCCACGUGCAAGGCUUGGCGCUCAGCCCUCUUCCACCCAAGCUUCUGGCGGAGGAUAGAAUUAGUGUUUAAAUCCUGUGACUGGAGUCGUCUAGAAAGGUCCCGCUUCGUGGCAUCCUGGGGUGUACGCAAAUUACGGUCCUGUGUCAUCCACUUCGAGACGGUGAACACCAAUUGUCUUGUGGAGGCAGACCAUGUGCUCCUUAAGCUCACCAGAAACCCACAAGUGGAAGAACUUAUACUACUCCCAAGCCACUGCCACACGUUCACCAAAGGCCAUGACAGACCAUACUAUCUUCGCCACAGCAACAACAACAACAAUAACAACAAGAAUAAUGCAAGUCAUCCUCGCUGUCUUCCCUGCUCAAGGUCAUCUUACCAGUUCAUUGAAAGUGCUCAAGAAUCACUACAGAGCAUCAUCAGCAACAGCAGAAAUCUUCGCACCCUUGUCCUUGGUUGCAUCCAGGAUUUGACAGAUCAAGUGGAUAUAUUUCUUCCCCUUCUGGCACACCACCAGUCAAGCUCCAUCUCCACCCUUGGGUUAGCCUCCGUGAAGUAUGAUCCAAACUCCUACGCUCUGCUGGACAUAGCACCUGACAACUUCUCUCCUUUCACAGCCCUACAGGUAUUAACUUUAGACUAUGACUACAUGAAUGACCGUCUGCUGAGUGUGCUGGCUACACCCUACACCUGUCCUCUGCGACGCCUAGUGCUGCACGUCCACGGCAUUGACCAAACCCACCGAGGCACCUCAGAGUACAUGUGGUAUUGCUUCAAACAACAGCACCCACAGUGUUCCUUGGUGGUGACCUUGAUGCACUCUUAUGAUGGGGUAGAACAGUUGGGCUCAGGGCUUCUUCACCCAUCCAUGCCCCUCACCCACUUCCGGGCCUUCUUCUGUGAGUGGAUCAACAUCGCAGCACUGCGCCUGAUGAGCAACUGGUACAGUGAGUCACUGCGGCACCUAAUGUGGGUGGAUUCUCUGGACCACAGUGGUUGGGGGAUGCUGACUGAAGUCCGGGAUGAGGACCAGGAAACUCCAGACCCAUUAGUUAUGCUGGCCUGGAAGUGCAAACAUCUGGAGCACCUUACUCUCUUUGGUUAUAGUUAUGGUGGCAGUGACAUCGUGGCCAUAGCAAGACUUCGAGGUACUGGACUGAAGAAGCUGUGGAUCCCAGAGGACUGUUUAGAGGCAGACGAGUCCCACGAACUGGCCAACGAGGAGGAUGUCGACAACAUUGCCGAGGAUGUGUCAGCUGGGCUGGGAAGGACUUGGCGGCCACUGACACUUUCCGAGCUUCACCCGUGUGUCCGCACAGCCAACAGUGCUGACACUGACCAGUACAUCCUCCCAAUUGUUCUCUCAGAUACUGUAUUAAGUUGAGGCUCCACUGAAGCAGGAGUAGCAAAGUGGGAACAACUUCAAGUCCAGCAGAUUUACAUGGUGUCUCCACUCAACUUGACGCCAGCACAAAUGUUGGCCUGAGCUACAAACCUAUUCUUGUACAUCUCAAGUUUUCAAGUGGUAAAGAGGUGUGGGUGUCUUGUUAAUAUCAACUAGAAUAAAGAUAGAGAAAAAUGUCAUUGACAUAAUAAGAUCUUAUGGAAAAGAUGCUAUGGUUUAUAGCUUUUUUUUAUAAAGCUGGACCUGCACUUAUGUCUUUCUGUUUUGUGGUUAGGAUUUAUCUCUACAAGACUAAAGCAGCAGAACUCAAAAUGUGAUAGUUAACAACCCAUUUAUUUCCUGAGGGUCAGGUCAGGUAAGAUAGGACUUAAGAGUAGUAUCUCAAGCUACAAAAUUUUCAUCUUCAUAUUGUUUCCUUCAGUAUACUGGAGUGGCCUUUCAAGUUCAAGUCACCCUUCAACUAUUAUGCCACCAGGCAUGACAAAAUAUUAUUUCCCUUACAUCUAGGCAUCAUCUCUUAAUUUAGGUUUCCAUUGUAUUUGAUGUCUUAUAUAUUUUCAUUGUGUGAGGUGAGGUGGGUACCCAGUCCCCUAUACACAUAUGGAGAAAGUUUUCUUUAGAUCACUUCUGUUAUAGUGUUAAGUAGAUAGAUUUGCUUGGAAUGAUUGUUUUCAAGUAAUUCUGAUUUUCAUUUCUAAUCGCUAACAUCUUUUCAGUAUCAGUUGAAGGUUUUAUAUUGUAUUUUUAACCGUUGUAACUAUUUGAUAUUUUAUCAACUGCUUACCUUUCCACCUUAAGGUAGGCCAGCAGCUGUUUACUCUGAGGUAUAUUGAUCAAUGGCUUUCCCAUACUAGAAAGCCAUCAGCCAUGAGGUACUUUCCUCACCAAAAAGCUUCCUACAAACCACAUGCUGAUUAUUCAUCAUUGUCAUGAGGUGUUGUAUGUGAUGGAGGCACUGGUCUGAAGGCUGUGGCUUGUCAUGCAUCGUAUCUAUAGAGUUUCCCAAGUAUUACAUAUUUUAAUCUUUCAGUCAUAUAUAUAUAUAUAUAUAUAUAUAUAUAUAUAUAUAUAUAUAUAUAUAUAUAUAUAUAUAUAUAUAUAUAUAUAUAUAUAUAUAUAUAUAUAUUGUAGACUUGUUUUCCAAAGCUGUCAUGGAAAUGGCUUAGUUUUUAUUUAUGUUGAAAUGAACAAGUCUAUAUGGUAAGUGCAUGGGGUGAUAAUUCCUAUUCUGAUUUAAAUGCCAUAUUUUUUUAGUCUAUACAAUAAGGAUUAUCAAUUUCAGGGUUAUAUAAAUGAGCUACAGAGUGAUUUAUUCUUACCUUCAUAGAGUUAAUAAUACUAAAAAGGAAAUAAUUAUUGAUAACUAUUGAUGCACAAAGGCUUUCUCAUUUUUGUGGGGGAGUUGAGCAAGGUUGGACUGUUUCACCCGCAUCAUUAAUGAUUCUGCAUUAAUAAGUGUUAAUUGGUCCCUUUAUGAUUCAUCGUGCUUCUGUGAUACCAUUCUUGCAGCACGUGAUGCUGUGGUUCUGUGUGAGGUAGACUAUCAUGAAAAAAAUAAUGGAAGAAAUGGACCAAAAGUUUCCAUACGUGCAGAACAAAACUUGUUUGGAAUAUAGCAUAUCAUUUCAAUUUUACAUGAUCUUUGUCUUUAUAGAUACCAAUUAUAUUAUCACUGUUAGGUGUUGUGUGAAGAUAAGUGAUUUAAAUAUUUUCUUUUACCUCAAAGUACUACUAAUAUUUUUUUGUGUGUGAGGCCUGCUGUAUGCCACCUAAAGUAUGGAUUAAUGCUGCUUUAUAAUAUCAUGUUGGUAUUGCUCACCAGCGAACCUACAGGCACAAUGUAGAACCAUACCUCCUUGGUUACUAUAUAUUGAACAAGAAAGGGAUGGUAUUGUUUACUCAAACUGCUGAACAUAAAACAAAAGCUUAGUUACUAUACACAAAAUCCAUUACCUAUGAUCCAUCCUCUUCAGGUUUCUAUGUGCGCAUUAGUGUAAGUUUGAAGAUUAACACUUUGCAGUUUUUCUAAGAACAAUUUCAGAUAAGAAGAAUAAAUUAAUGUUUCUUACUGGGCUUAAAUGACAUUGAAGUGAAAGAUUGGUGCACAUACUUAAUUUACAUAACUUAUCACCAGUGUACGUAUACUGUAUCAGUAAGCGAGUUCAAUAUGUCCACCAGUCUGUACACACCAUUUCUAUUAGUACCAAUAUCAUGAAAAAUAAUGCACUUAAAAAUUUUCCAGAGUCGUUUCAUCCCUCAUACAAGUACGGAUCAGAAUGUUGCAUAUGAAUUAGUAAACAUACCCUGGGGCUAUUAUGAUAGGACUGGCAUCACGUCAUUGUUGCCCGUAGUUUUGCCCGUUCCUGCAUCACAACAGAAGAAUGUGUUGCUGAGUAAACUUGUCCAUGAUUUGCAGAUUUUUGGUAUAAGAGUAGCAUGCAUGCCAGAUUUCCCCAUCCAUGUGUUCCCUGGUUCUCAAACACUGCAGAGCGAGUAGAAUAUACUGCAAAACAAAGGGGGCUUCGUGGUGCAUUGGUUAGCACACUCGGCUCACAACCGAGAGAGCCCGGGUUCGAUUCCCGGGCGGAGUGGAAAAAUUUGAGCGGCUUUUCCGAUACCCUACACCCCUGUCCACCCAGCAGUGAAUGGGUACCAGGUAUUAAUCGGGGGUUGUGUCCUGUCUCCUGGGAUCUGUUCCCUUCUCCUAUAAUUCCUUCCCCUUCUGUCUCUCUCCGGCAUGUGACCAUAGAUGUUGCGCCGACUAAAUGAAACUUUCAAACUUUUUUUUCCUGCAAAACGAUCAUUUAAAUGUUUGUGCUGCAUUCAUGCGCACAAAAUUUUGCAACUAAUUUCUCCUCGACAAAAUGUAUGAAUCGAUUGUUCGAGCCAGCAAUCUAAAAAAUAUAGUGCCGCAAAAAAUAUAUGAGAUAUAAAGGAUAGUGUGUCUGUGCCUGUAAAGCAAGCUCCACAUUUUUGUCACCAAGGGCUAAUUACUUCAUCCUUCCACAGAAAUUUCUAACACUUGGAACAUUCAAUUCAACCCACGUUCAAUGGAUGCUUAUUUUGUGAACUUGCUUAAGCACAAUUUUGAGUACAUAUAAAUUUGGAUUUGAAAAUAAUAACCAUUGUUCUCAUUGUGAUAACAGCUACAGUUCAUAUAAAACUGCUGUUUAUCAUCAUAACAUUUCAAGUCAUAGUUUGUGUUGACCUAUUCCCAUGCAACACUCCUAUAAAGAAAGAUACUCUGGAAAAUUUUGCUGAAGUUGAAAAUUAACUUUUAUCAGUUUUUUUAUUUGAUUUGAGUUUAACAUUAUUUUUCCUGAUAUGAGUACAGGUUGAGAAUCCCCUAUCCGAAAUCCUUAGGACCGAAAGUGUUGUGGAUUUCAGAUUUGUUCAGAUUUCGGAAUACGCAGACCCUUUUGACAUUUUCAACAAUAUCUUUUCACCACAAAGCACACAACACACGGUAAUCACAAUGAGUAAUGAGCUAAGGUGUUACUUUGAUGACUGCUGACAACAAACUUACGCAUAGCAGCACCAGAGUUGCCACGUUGAGGACAGUGUUCUCUCCCAAUCCAAUCCUAAAAGCCGCCCAAAACCUGCGAUGGUGGCGGGCAGAUAUUUUUAUGCCCAAGGUGUCAACGCAGCAGUAGGUUUACCCGCCCAAUUGGCCGAGUAAACCGCGGAGCUGGCGACUCUGAGCAGCACACAACAGCUGUACGUGGUAGAACUUUCCCAUCACUUUGUCGAAUUUUCCAUUUGUGAUGCGUCAUGUCAGCAUUAACCCGGUAGCAGCGGGGAUCAUGUUUCUUAAUGGUCCCUCUUAGCGAGAAAAAUAAGAAAAAAUCAUCACUCACACAAACUAUUUCAUAAUAUAUAUCAAAGUAUUUGUGAUCAGUUUAUGUAUCAUCUAUUUUGGGGGAUUUAUAUCAUGGCACAAAUUUGGCCCGUCGCUGCUACACAGUAAAGCCACAAAUUUGGCCCAUCGCUGCUACUGGGUUAAAAAAACUUACGGAUUUUGGAAUUUCGGAUAAAGGAUUCUCAACCUGUAUUAAUUGAAAUGCUGUGUACAAAUUGUUGAACAUACUCAAUCUUUUCUUCAUGAGUCACUCAGAAAAGUUUAUUGAUUUCUCUUGAGGCACUCGGCUACCAAUUACCUCUGCAUCUUAGAUGUGUCUACCAUGGAUAUGAUGUGAUGAUAUUUUCUUUGGGCUCUACAGAAUCUCAUACAUACAGAACUAGUCAAAGGAAUCACCAAGAAUCUUUUUGCAACAUAAGAUCUAUUUUGAAGGGACUAACAGAAUAACACAUCUGCAGCCAAAGCUCUAGAUUCAUGUAAUGGGGGGGGGGGGGUAGCACACUCGGCUCACAACCGAGAGAGCCCGGGUUCGAUUCCCGGGCGGAGUGGAAAAAUUUGGGCGGCUUUUCCGAUACCCUACGCCCCUGUCCACCCAGCAGUGAAUGGGUACCAGUUAUUAAUCAGGGGUUGUGUCCCAUCUCCCGGAUCUGUUCCCUUCUCCUAUAAUUCCUUCCCCUUCUGUCUCUCUCCGGCAUAUGACCACAGAUGUUGCGCCGACUAAACCAAACUUUCCAACUUUCAUGUGAUGGGCUUUAGGUCACUCCCUCAGGGUAUGUUUGCCAACUUAUACACACCCUUCCAAUAAGAGAAAAAAAAAUUACUCUAAAACUUUGAAAUGUGGUAUGAAAAUGAACGAUUGUCAGAAUGAAGAUUGGAAAUUAUCAAUGUUGGUCGUUUGAUAAGUGUUCAUUUUCAUGCCUCGGUUAUAUUUUUCAGUUUUAUAUUAUUUAUUUUAGGUUUUCUUCAUUUCUUGAUAUAAGUACUAAGUAGAAGAGCAAAGUGAAGUAGCCUGAGCACAGCUUCAUUGCUCAUCUUCAUCUCAUUGGCUCCUGAGUCUAUGGUGGAUAAAAACCCACUACUCUGAGACCAUAAGGGCAAGUGUGACAUCUGCUUACUCAUGUACCCAUUUAUAAACCAGCACAAAAGGAAGAAAGAACAACUAGGUGGGCUGUGUGCUUGAUCAAACCUAGCCUGCUGAUUCGUAGCUAUAGUCCAACCAAAUUGAUGAGUCCGUUUGGGCGGAGGCUCCCAUGGGUCCAUUUCUCCCCUCUGCUCUGCCACACAGUCCCAACGCCUAUUUUUUCCUAUCAUAUGUUACCUUUACCUUACAUAGGAGAGGAAGAGAUAGGUGUUGGGACUGUGUGGCAGAGCAGGGGGGAGAAAUGGACCCGCGGAAGCCUAUCAACGUUGCCAGAUUGUCGUACUCAGCCUCCUAUGUUUCCCAAUUUCCGACCCCAAAACUGCCUCCUCGACCCCAAUAACUGCCUCCAUAUACAGUUAUCGUUAAAAUGGUUGAUUAUUGGUGAUUUUUGGGAAUAGUUAUGAGUCAAAGUGGUAAAUACGAGGCUCUGAGUACGAUAAUCUGGCAUCGUUGGAGCCUAUGCCCAAACGGACUCGACAAUUUGGUUUCGCUAUAGGUGGGCUAACCACUACACCACAUAUGAACUGGCAAACAUCCACCAACAGACUGGUAUCUCAGAACUGUAAUGACUUAACAUACCUAUUGAGUAAUUUUUUACUUUAGGUCUUUGUAAAUUAUUAAAAAUGAACUCAGGAAAUCAGUUAAUUGUCUGUUCUUUAAAAUGUUUAUUAAGGAAAGAAGUUUGGAGGCUGGAUCAUAGGUUUGUUGUUGUACAAUUUACAAUUCACAAAUACAUACUUCUAUCGAAGGCAUUUUUUUAUACACACACACACACACAUACUACGUAGCUCUUUUCCCAUAUGUCACAUCUAGGUAAAUAUACACACACACACACACACACACACACCACUCUGGUAGCUCAGUCGGUUAGAGCGCCGCGCUGCAAGGCUUCACAGCCAAACAGGUGGCGGUUCGAGCCCCGCUUAGGCCAGAUUCUUUCCGUUGACUAGGAGUGGUUACUGUCCCCUCUUGAGCAAGGGGGAUGGAGUGUGUUGUGUGUGAGGUCCUGGCAGUACCCAGAGAUCGACAAUAAUGAGCACUUGCUCACGUCGGGAGGGUACCUGCUGGUGAAAGUGAGUCCAGCUCGUGAUCAGGCCAUGGUGAAUUACACACACACACACACACACACACACACACACACAC